AUGAUGUUCGUACCUUUUACCGGCGUUGACAAUCACUAUCGUAAUGUUACCUUGGGUGCUGCUAUAAUAGGUAAUGAAACCGCCGAAACAUAUAGCUGGUUGCUUAACGCAUUUCGGCAGGCAUUUGGGCGCGCACCACCUGUGAUUGUAACUGAUCAAGACCCAGCGAUGAGGAAAGUUAUUCAAGAUACUUGGCCUGAAAGUAGGCAUAGGCUUUGCAUGUGGCAUAUAAUGGACAAACUUACUACCAAGUUUUUUAUAUCUGAAUAUGUGGUUGGCGCCAACCUAUGCAAUAGCACCGAUUUUAAGAAGAGGUUGUGUGGUAUUGUUUGGACUGAUGCAUUACUCCCCAAACAGUUUGAAACCGAAUGGGGUGUUAUAUUGGCUGAUUUUUAUUUGUUUUGCAACCCGAACUGUAUGCUUGUUGAAUUCUUGGGGCAUUUUGACUCUGCAAUUGAAGCCCAAAGACACAAGCACAGGAAGAAUGAUCACGAUACUAGGCACACGAACCCCGAUAUAUUUGCAAAAGAAUUUGUCUUAGAACAACAGGCGGCAAACAUAUACAUACGGACAAUUUUCUUCGAUGCGCAACUUGAAAUUCAGACAGCCAUUCACAAGUGUGGUAUUGGACAAUGGGAUGAAAGAGAGGAUAAUUUUGUGAACUUCUAUGUGAAGAACUUUUCUCAAACGUGUACUACAUUUUUUCAGGUUAUAAUGUGGCAGCUAGAUAUGACUAUCAGUUGUUCAUGCAAUAGGAAUGAACAGUUUGGGCUUUUGUGCGUGCACAUUUUUUGCGUUUUGCGGUUUCUUGAUAUCAGGCAGUUCCCUGAAAGGUAUAUAAUGCGACGGUGGACUAGGGAAGUUGUUCCUAAUAGUGCUCCUGGAGCGAUAUUAGGGAUUAAUGAAAGUGAUGAUCGGUACCGGCAAGUUAAUGGUGUUGUACGGGGGAUAACAAGGUCAGCCGAGUCUCUUAUUAACAGGUUGGUUCAUAACUUUGAUGCGUUGUGCGCUUUCAGGGACCAUGUUGUCCAGUAUCAAUCGACGACUAAUCAGGCAGUUGUAAACGCACCCCCUAGGAGUCGUCGCGAUAGGUUUGCUGAAAUAACUGGCUACACCCAAGAAACACCUGUAACUGUUCGCAUGCUGAAAACCCCUAGAUUUAAAGGUAUGGGCAAGCCUACGAGAAUGAAGAGUAAGCGUGAAAUUGCCAUUAGUCAAUCUGGGAAAAAAUGGGUCAUGAAUGUAGCAAUUGCAAACGCGGGGGCAUAA